AUGAAGACGUUUUUACAUAUGACGUGCAUUAUUGGGUUGUGCACAUUCGCGAUGUGUGCGAACCAGCCCGAAUCAAAUAUAUCUAAAGAGAACAAGAAUCACGACAAGAGAGGCAUCAUCGAUACCGGCUAUGGAUACGGCUCGGGUUUCGAUCUGCAUGAGCCGGCUGGUGAUCACCAGAUACACCAAGAGAACCAUGAUCAACAAGUGCUUUCCAAAACUAUCAUCAAGGAAGUCGCCCAACCGUAUCCGGUCGAGGUUGAGAAACGAGUACCGUACCCGGUAAAGGUCGAGGUGCCCGUCGACCGCCCUUAUCCAGUGCACGUGCCCAAGCCAUAUCCAGUGCACGUCGACAAGCCCGUCCCGUAUGAGGUCAAAGUCAAUGUGCCACAACCGUACACCGUCUACAAGCAAGUCCCAUAUGAAGUCAAGGUACCCGUCGACAAACCGUACACCGUCCAAGUGCCCAAACCAUACACCGUCUACGUGGAGAAGCGAGUACCUUACGAAGUCACCAAGCACGUCCCUUAUCCGGUCAAUGUGUACGUCGACAAACCGUACACAGUACACGUACCGGUAACGAAACACGUACCGUACACCGUCGAGAAGCGGGUGCCCUAUACGGUCAACGUACCAGUCGACCGUCCUUACCAGGUUAUCGUCGAGAAGCACGUCCCAUACCCAGUCGACAAACCCGUACCGUACACCGUCGAAAAACCAGUGCCUUACCACGUCAAAUUUCCCGUGAAAGUCGAAGUGCCUGUGCCGUACAAAGUAAACGUUCACGAAGAAAAUUACUCUUCUGAGACAAAAUACGAGGAAGAACAACCACAAUAUACCAAUGAUCAAAACGAACACGGCAGUUAUUGA